GCUAGAUCCAAAACCAAAAGUCCCAACUAAGCCACAGAUUCAUACUCGAGGAAGCAAGGGAUUAAUUGUGGAACAUAAUUAUGAUUCCACCCACAGGUUCCAGUACUUUUUGCUUUCCAAAUAAUGGAUCACAUGCUAUGUCGUCGCAUAUGUAUCCUUCAGGAGCAGACGAUGCCGUUUCAUUUCCAAUGGAAGCAACAACUUCUUCCCCAGAAAAUCAUUCAAUUAGCUCUCUCAUUUACAGUAUUUCCCUCCUAAAAGACAAAGUUAAUCAGGUGCAAUCACUGGUCAGCAUCCUUGUCUCUCCAAAUCAUCAAAUCCAGUCCGAGUCAACGUCCAUCGCCAUAGCCAGCAAUAUGGGUCCCUUGAUUCAAGAAAUCGUUGUGACUGCUUCUUCAAUGAUGUUCACUUGCCAACAGAUGUCUAUUAGUCCUGAUUCAGCUCAAGUAAAGGCUUCCCAAAGCAGUCUAUCUCAUCAACCAAACUAUGGAGCUAAUGAAGGUAUUGAUUGUUUUGAUUAUGAAAACUAUAGUAAUGAUUUCAAUACUACUACUAAUAGUGUCAAUAAGGGCGUGCAAUUUGGUCACGAGAAUAUUACAAAACUACCAGUACCGUCUCAAGAAUUGAAUCAAGAAAGUGAAACGAUGGAGAUUUCUGACAUAAUUGAACUGAACGCGGCGGAUUUAUUGGCUAAGUACACGCACUAUUGCCAUGUUUGCGGGAAAGGUUUCAGGCGGGAUGCGAAUCUGAGAAUGCACAUGAGAGCUCAUGGCGAUGAGUACAAAACUAGUGCUGCUUUGAGUAAUCCGUUGAAGAAGAAUAUUAUUGAUGAUAGUAAGGAGUGUUCGACGAAAUUGCCUAAGAAAUAUUCGUGUCCGCACGAAGGGUGUAGGUGGAACGUGAAGCACACCAAGUUUCAGCCGUUGAAGUCGAUGAUAUGUGUGAAGAAUCAUUACAAGAGGAGUCAUUGUCCGAAGAUGUAUGUGUGUAAGAGGUGCAAUAGGAAGCAGUUCUCGGUGUUGUCUGAUUUAAGGACUCAUGAGAAGCACUGUGGGGAUCUCAAGUGGCAGUGUUCCUGCGGCACAACGUUUUCUAGGAAAGACAAGCUAAUAGGUCAUGUUGCUUUGUUUGUCGGGCAUACACCCGCAGUCAGUUUGACAAAAGCUACUGCAAAAAAACCUUGAAACGCUCAUCAAUCUAGCUAGCAACUACGCUGCAAUACCACUCACAACAUGCUUGUUUGAUAGCAUUCAAAGCCUGUGAACCCCUGUUGCGGAUAAUUUACACGCGUAUAUCGGUAUACGUAUAAGACUGUCUUAACUUUGUACUUUACUGUUGUGUGAGGAUUACAAUUCAAAUAAUGUAUGUGUAAUUGAAUAAGUUGUUGUAGUUUUAUGCUUACUUACAAAUGCAUGGACAUUUAAACUACAUCACGGUGUAUAGAUAGAUGUUAAUAUGUACGUCUACAUUGACGAUAAUAUUAUCAGUUUUAACUCAUCUUUUG